GGUGGCCUCUGACCUUUCCGCGAGCUGAGAAGACGGCGGGAGGAAAAAAGGCAGAGACAACGCUGGGCGCCCGGCUGUCCCUCCGCUGACGGCGGGUAAUGCUCGGACAGCGAACCGGCGGUGGGGGGGGUCCGGGCCUCCCGGGCGACGGCGAAGGCGGAGUCCCGGCCCGGCCGGGGAGGCUGGCUGAGAGGCCCCCCGAGCUGCCCGCCAAAGUAAACAAGGCCGCGACGUGCGCUGCGCACUUACCGGGAGCUGCGGCCUCGCGGCCGCUGAGCCCGGACGAGCCAGACCGGGUCAGGCCGGGCCAGAGGGACUCGAUUGGGGAGAAGCGGCGGCAGAGGCGGCGGGCCGACGCCGGUCAAGCCCGUGCUGCUUCCUCCAGAAUAGUCGUCCCCGCAGCUCCGGAAGUACUUGGCGCCGUUGCGUCACUUCCGGAUCGGGGUCGACCCACGGUCGCUCAGGUCGCGACUGGCUCCUGGUUAGAGGGCCUCUUUAGCGCCGCCUCCUUGCAAUUUAGCGCUCUGACCCAUAGUCUGACUAGGGUACGGCAGGUGCCGACCGCGUCUGGUGCCACCAUUCGCCUACCAGCGUCUCCCGUUGAGAUGUUCUUAACCAACGCGUUUCUCACCGCCUUGUCAUUUCACUGGUACUCCGGGAUCGGGCACGGAGAAGACAUCCUGGCGUCGGUGGAAUGUCUAAGAACCAUUGUUUCCCGGCCGCUAUCUGGUCUGAGGGGAGCUGGGCCGGGAAUUUCUGCCUACACCCCGAGGCGGUCGCCGGGUGGCCCCAGAGCCGCAACCAUACCACGCUUUCGCUUCCCCCGCCGCGGCCUCGUUCGCCGCCCAGUUCGACUUACAGUCACCGUGCAAGGUUGCAUCUUAACUGCCUUGCUUGCAGUUUCUUUUCACACUAUAGGAGUUGUCAUCAUGACUUCCAGUUACCUUCUGGGACCGGUUGUCAAAUGGUGUGGCUAGAACUCAGAUUGUUGCUGCACCACAGUGGAAAUGCCAAUGUGAAGCCGCUGAUGUUAGGAAGGCUCCAGGGUGUGCAAUUCCAUAGACAACAAAUCAAAUCAUUUCCAACCAUACUGGACUCGCGUAUAUACGCAUUUAAGACACCUGUGC